CCCCUGCAGGGCUCCCAGCUCCGCCGCCUCCUGGGACUUACAGAGCAACUCGACCUGCUGCCUGCUGCCAAGAUGGGGUUGACUGCUGACGAGUGCAAGCUGAUCAAGAGCUGCUGGGCCAAACUGGCCCCCGAGCACGAGGAUUUGGGCGGCGAAGCGCUGACCAGGCUUUUCCAGGUCUACGUGCAGGCCAAGAUCUACUUCCCGCACUACGACCUGUGCCCCGGCUCCAACGACAUUCACCACCAGGGCCAGAAGGUCAUCAAGGCCCUCGACAGCGCCAUCAAGAACAUUGACAACAUCCGCGGCUGCCUGUCCGACCUCAGCGACCUGCACGCCUACAACCUCCGCGUGGACCCCGUCAACUUCAAGUUUCUGACCAGAUGCCUCCACGUGACACUGGCCACCAGCCUCCGCGGAGAAUACAACGCCCUGGUCUACCUGGCCUUUGACAAGUUCCUCUGCCUGGUGGCCGAGGUGCUGACCGAGAAGUACAGAUGAGCCCCCCGCUGCCCGCCCCCUCGCCUCGGAGCUGCCGUUUGCCCCCCGUCUCGGGCACUCCGCCUCCGCUGUGCCACUGAGCAAUAAAAUGCGUGAACCUCA